GUGCCGAUAGUGGAAGAGCGAGCGAGCGAGCGAGCACACACACACACACUCACUCACUCUCUAUCUCUCUCUGGAGAAAGAGGUGGAGGAUGUGGAGGAUGUGGAGGAGUACAAGAACUUCGGACGACCCAACACACAGGACCAUGUCUCUGCUGCAGAUGGUGCAGCAGUUCAGUGUGGACUUCGAGAAGUGUAUUGAGGGAUCAGAAGAUCAGGUGGACACGGUGGAGCUGUCCGGUGGUGCCAGGAUCAACCGCAUCUUCCACGAGCUCUUUCCUUCCAACCUGGACAAGAUUGUGUUUGAUGAGAAGGAGCUGAAAGAGCCCUGUCUCAAAUGUAUCGAUCUGGUGAUUCAGGAGCUCAUCAGCACAGUCAUGCAGUGCUCCAACAAGCUGAAUUCAUACCCCCGGCUGAGGGAGGAGACCGAGAGAAUUGUCACUACAUACAUCCGAGAGCAAGAGGGCAAGACCAAGAGCCAGGUUCUGUUUCUGAUCGACAUCUCGAUGUCGUACAUCAACACCAACCAUGAGGACUUCAUCGGAUUCGCCAAGCACAUUCUGAAGACCUCCUGGUGCUCCCACCCGGCCCACCAUAAUCCGCCCUGCUGAGCCCAAGAUUUAAAUAGAGGCUCCACUCCACUACAUUUUUUUUUAAACCUACAUAUUAUACAUACAUACACACACACACACACACACACACACCUUCCCUCAGGUUUAGAGGAUUGAUUUGUUUGUUUGUUUGUUCCUUAAUUGUAAAAUGUUUUCUCUUUUAAAAGAAAUAAUAAAUGUGCGAGGUGUCCAGGGUCCUAAAGGGUGCUAAGCAUCCUCGGAUCCUCACACCCCCACCACCACGUUUUA